CUCAUUAACACCAACCCUGUUUCUCAUUUCGUCACCUCGCCAUCUCUGUUCACAUCUCUCUCUCUCUCUCUCUCUCUCUCUUUAACCGCGUGGGUUGUCAAAAGUUUCUAUAAUUCCUCUUAUCCUCUCUGCUCAUAAACCAUACAAUCCUCCUCAAGAAGCUGAACAAGAGCGCUCAAGAAUCAAGAAAGUGGAGAAAACGCACUUCUUCUUAGCUAAAUGGGUUCUUGCUUCAGCUCUUGCGUCAAAGCCGAUAAUCUUUUUCACAAUGGUAAGAGCAGCGAUCUUUACGGUUUAAGCAUCUCAAGCCGGAAAUCAUCGUCCACGGUGGCUGCUGCUCAGAAGACGGAAGGGGAGAUUCUUGAUUCAACCCCUGUCAAGAGCUUCACCUUCAACGAGCUCAAACUCGCCACCAGAAACUUCAGACCGGACAGUGUGAUCGGUGAAGGUGGGUUUGGUUGUGUCUUUAAAGGCUGGUUAGAUGAAACCACUCUCACUCCGACUAGACCCGGAACCGGUUUAGUCAUCGCUGUUAAAAAGCUUAACCAAGAAGGGUUUCAAGGUCACCGUGAAUGGCUGACGGAGAUUAAUUACUUGGGACAAUUGAGUCACCCCAAUCUAGUGAAACUGGUUGGUUAUUGCUUGGAGGAUGAGCACCAUCUUCUUGUAUAUGAGUUUAUGCAAAAAGGAAGUCUUGAGAACCAUCUAUUCAGAAGAGGUACAUACUUUAAGCCGCUGCCAUGGUUUCUACGGGUCAAGGUUGCGCUUGAUGCAGCAAAGGGACUUGCUUUUCUUCAUAGUGACCCUGUCAAAGUGAUAUACCGAGACAUUAAGGCCUCCAACAUUUUGCUUGACGCUGACUACAAUGGGAAGCUUUCUGACUUUGGGCUGGCGAGGGACGGUCCAACGGGUGAUCGAAGCUAUGUUAGUACAAGGGUUAUGGGUACAUAUGGCUAUGCGGCUCCCGAGUAUAUGUCUUCAGGUCACUUAAAUGCAAGAAGCGAUGUAUACAGUUUCGGUGUUGUGCUUUUGGAGAUUUUGACGGGUAAACAAGCGUUGGACCAUAACAGGCCGGCUAAAGAAGAAAAACUUGUGGAAUGGGCUCGACCGUACCUCACAAGCAAACGCAAGGUGCUCCAAGUAGUGGACGCUCGGCUGGACACGCAGUACCUACCCGAAGAGGCAGUGAGAUUGGCCAGCAUUGCUGUGCAGUGUCUCUCCAUCGAACCCAAGUCACGUCCGACCAUGGACCAAGUGGUCCGUGCCUUGCAACAACUUCAGGAUAACUUGGGAAAACCGACUCAGCCCGAUCCGGUUAAGGAUGCCAAGAAACAGGGUCUUAAAACCGGAGCUAAGUUACAAGAAACACGAUUUAAGCAAAGACCUUUUGGGAAGCAUUAAGCUGGUUAGUUCAGUGAUGGACGGCCAGGCACUUGUUACUGCAAAUCGAAUACGGUUAUGGACAAACCGUGAAGGUCGAGAUUAAUAACGGAUACAUAAAAUUUUGCCGGUAACAAGUCACAUACUCAACCAUAGAGAAACAUGUGGUUUUAGUCUUUAGGCUUCCUCAUGUGCUGAAGUAUAUAUGUGGUAACUUUUUCUUGUUUUGUAACCACUAUUGUAUUUUGUUUGUUCCUCAAAACAUUUGAUGUAGAGAUUUUUCGAAUAUCUCCAGUUUUUGAA